AUGGUACGUCAGCUGCACGACGGUAUGAUGGCGCGAGUCACGGAUAACGGAGCUGUCUCAGAGGCAUUCGCAGUGACCAAUGGAGUGAAGCAGGGCUGCGUACUGGCGCCUAACCUCUUCAGUCUUAUGUUCUCUGCCAUGCUCAUGGACGCCUACCGCGACGAACGCCCCGGGAUCCGCAUCGCCUACAGGACGGACGGUCACCUGCUGAAUCAACGGCGUAUGCACUUCCAAUCGCGCGUAUCCACAACCACCGUCCACGAACUUCUCUUCGCUGACGACUGCGCCCUGAACACCACCUCGGAAGAGGAGAUGCAACGGAGCAUGGACCUGUUCUCCGCCGCCUGCGAGAACUUCGGUCUGUUCAUUAACACGCAGAAGACGAUGGUGAUGCACCAACCGGUAUUCAGCUGA